AUGGACGCCAUGCGCGCGCGCCGCGACGAGGUCGAGGCGACGCGCGCGUUCGCCGAGCAUUACUUCCGGCGCUGGGACGACGCGCGGCACGAGAGCCUCGCGACGAGAGCUCUCGCGCGCGCGUCCGCAGACGUCCGCGCGAUGUCGAACGCGCUCCUACUCGGGGGCGUCCGCGACGUCUCGCGUCGCGACGCCGCUCUCCGCGCGAUGUGGACGCGCUGGAUCGCGUACGUCUCCCUCCGCGAGCUCGUGCCGAGGCUCUGCGGGGAUCUCGUGCGGCACGACUGCGCGAUCGUCGCGUGGAAGCACUGGGUCUACGCGACCGAGGACGCGCUCGCGCGGUCGCGCGUAGCGACCGAGAUGGGCGCGAAGGCGCGCGAGCGACGCGCGAGAAGCGAGAAGCGAAUCGACGCGCGCGGCGUGAACGCCGCGCGUUUGAGGAACCUCUCCGCGGCGAGACGCGAGCGGCAGGACGAGGUGUGGGGGUUCCACAUGGACGCGCGCCCGCCGGGCGGGGGAUGGAGGAAGCGUCGCGAGGAGGCGAAACGCGCGAAGAGAGCGGCGGGCGACGACGACGACGAACGCGAACGCGAACGAGACGACGACUCGGACGACGACGCGCGCGUCGUCAUGGACUUCGAGGCGCACUCGCACACGACGAGGGCGUGGCGCGCGUGGAAAGACGCGAAGAAGGCGCGGCUUCGCGACGAGGACGCGACCGCCGCGCUGCUCGCGACCGCCGAGGCGGCGAGGGAGGGAAUGCGAGCGCGCGUCGAGGCGCGCGCCGCCGCGCGCGUCGAGGACAAGCGUCGACAGCUCGAGCGCGUCGCGCGAAAGAAGUCGCUCGAGCGCUUCGCGAGCGAGCUGAAAGGUCGCGAGCUCGAGCUUAACGCCGCGGACGGGUCGCGCGUGACGUACGUCGCCGCGGUGAAGCUCCAGUCCGCGGUCAGAGGAUGGCUCGAGCGAAGACGCUACGAGAAGAAAAAAUCGAACCCGUUUGAACGCGUCGCGGGGUUGAGGGAGCUCCUCGACCGCGGCGAUCGCGCGUUCAGCGCGCAGGAGAGGGUGCUUUUGAAAGCGAAAGACGACUGGGCGGCGAGCGAGCGGCGGUUGACGCGGAUGAUGCUGACGAACGACGACGCGAUCGCGGCGUUGCGCGUCGCGACAGAGACGUUGAGGCGAGUUCUAUACACUGGUUCCCAUACGACCGCGUCGGCGUGGUGA